CCUCUUUUUCCUCUCUCUCUCUCUCUCGUUUCUUUUUCUUCCGUCUGCUUCUCCUUCUCUCUCCAUCUCAUUCCAAGCUCUCUCUAUCUCUUUCUUCUCUCUCUCUCUCUAUGUCCGAACGCAUCGGGUCUCAGAAACCAUUGAUGCCGACCUCGAUCCUUCUCUACUAGCAACUGAUCUAUACGUUUACACACACCGUAUUUAUAUACGGUCUCAAAUACUCGUACCUGUACAGCCAUGGCCGCCGUUUCCUCUAACCCUCGCACCGUCGAAGAGAUCUUCAAGGAUUAUACCGCUCGUCGCUCCGCUCUUCUUCGUGCUCUAACUAAAGAUGUCGAUGAUUUCUACUCUCAAUGCGAUCCGGAAAAGGAGAAUUUGUGUUUGUACGGACACCCAAAUGAGUCAUGGGAAGUGAAUCUACCAGCGGAGGAAGUCCCUCCUGAGCUUCCUGAGCCUGCGCUUGGUAUCAAUUUCGCCAGAGAUGGUAUGCAGAGGAAAGAUUGGCUUUCGCUUGUUGCUGUCCACAGUGAUUGUUGGUUGCUCUCUGUCUCUUUCUACUUUGGUGCUCGGCUUAAUCGCAAUGAGAGGAAACGGCUAUUCAGUCUGAUCAACGAUCUCCCAACUCUCUUCGAUGUAGUGACUGGUAGGAAACCUAUCAAAGACAAUAAGCCAAGCUCAGAUUCCGGAAGCAAAUCCAGAAACGGGACUAAGAGAUCAAUAGAAGGGCAGACAAAGAGCACAACACCAAAACUGACGGAAGAGAGCUAUGAGGAUGAAGAGGAAGAAGACGAGCAUGGAAACACUCUAUGUGGAAGCUGUGGAGGCAAUUACACAGAAGAUGAGUUCUGGAUUUGCUGUGAUGUUUGUGAACGUUGGUACCACGGAAAAUGUGUGAAGAUCACUCCCGCCAAAGCAGAUAGCAUCAAGCAGUAUAAAUGCCCGCCUUGCUGUGCAAAGAAAGGUAGACAGUGAUGAACUGAUGAUGGUCAGUCAUCAUCAUCUCCCAGAGCCUCUGGUUCUCAUGUCUUUAUCGAUAUAUUAAUCAACCUUUUUUCUUCUUUCUCUUUUUUUUUUGUCCUUUUCUUCUUUAACCUUCUUUUAAUUUUAAAGCAUACAAAACUCUCUCUUUAGAUCACCAGAAAGGGAUUUCAAGAAGUUGAGAGAGAGGAGCAACUGUUUGAGUACUAUUAUUAUUCGUAUAAGAGAACUGGUUUAUUGUUCCAU